UAAAUCGCAAGUUGUUGAAAACUAUACGUCUGCUAGGAUACAACACUUCUUAUCUUGCGAAAACACAUAUUAAUGAGAACAACAUCGUGCAACGUGCAACAUAAACAGUCAUAAAAGCAUCAAAUGGCAUGAACCCUUGCUUCUAGCUCUUGCUCCUCGGAUCACCAACUGGUAACCCCUCUCUCCACAGGACGAGUGCAUGGACCCACUGGGCAAGUCUUCCCUGUGCGUCUUUCAUCUCCUUUGCUUCGGCAGUCUGCUCGUCCACCUGCAUCGCCCGCCGUGCAUCCUCGUCCACAAGACGGGAAGCAGUGAACAUCAGGUCCUGAAGUGCGUUCUGCAAGCUGUCGAGUUCUUCGGGGGUAAAGUGUUUCCACCAGCGAACAAGAGGGUGUUCUUCCGCUUUCUGCUGGACAGGAAGGGGGGAAGCAGAAGUAGGGGUGGCAAACCCCGGCGGGUAGCUAGGCAUAGGCGCAUAUGCUUGUGUCUGGUUCUGAGCAGCAGCCUCCCGGACACGAGAGGACGCGUUCCUUCUAUGUUUCCUCCUCUGAGCGAGGGCGCUCGUCCCUGUCGCAAUCGCGUUCUCCCCGGGGGGGAAAGCGAGCCUGAGCUUGGGCCUGUACAGUCCUGCCACACCCUGCCCUAGCAAAGCUGCAGGUACGAACACAGGCGCGUUGCCCGUCAAUACAGACGCCGGCCUGCUCACGCCCUCGUUCGCGCUGCCUGCACCGGCGGGGUCGGACAUCGGCCCAGAGGAGGGGAAUGCAGGUGUUGGGAGGGCACUGGUGGUGAGUGAAGGAGGGAGUGGACUGCCCAAGUCGGGUAUAUGCUGUGGCGCUAGAGGGCCCUCCAUGCCUUUUCGCCGUUUGGGCUCAAGAGUGAAACCGCAGUGGUAUUUGAACGUUAGACAAUGGUCGUCAGAAGUCGCGUUAAUCGCCGUCGUGGUCGGUUCAUCCGCCGUCGUGGUCGAGUAAUAAGUAGUUAGACCCAGUCGAUAUCAAGAAGAGUAGUAAGGGUGAGCCGGUGCAGGCUGCCUCUGCCGCACCG